AUGAUUCUUGAACUCACAUUCAUAUCAUUAUCCAAUCUAGCUAAGAGCAACAAACCGAUUCAGCAAAAAAGGCGUGCCCGUGAGAGGAAGAGAGCUAAACAUUGGAUAGAAGAUGAAUUUUUGCAAGGUGGUGCAGGUGCACAAGAAGAGAAAAUUGGAUCGAAAGAGAAGGAGAAGGAGAAGGAAAAGAAAAAGCUUGAAGAUGGAGCAAUGCCUGUUAUGGAAACUCAACAAACUACUGGUAGCGAUAAGAAGAAGAAGAAGUAA